CACGAAAUCCCGCCUUGCGACGUUGAUGUUUUUAAAAUCAAUAAGUUUGUUUGGAUUGUAAAUUAAUUAUGUUUUAUUGUAUUUGUUGAAUAAAAUCUGAAUAUGAUGUAUAUUGUAGUUUAAAAAAAAUUACCGCGGUUUUUUAGCUGAAAUGAAGAUUACAACAGGGCGAUAUGCAGCCAUAUUGGCCAUUCAGACUAUUUUGUUAAUAACUGAUUGGAAUAUUAACAUAUUCGCCCUCUUGGCUAGGCAGAGCAAUGCCCUUAUGUUGGUAUUUUUUAUUGUACAGGAUGCUGGACUUAUUAUUUCAUUGUCGAUACUUUUGCUGACUUUUUUCUCUACAUAUGUUUUUCAGAUGGGUCUUGUGUACUUACUCUAUGAAAAAUUUAGGACGACGUUAAUGAUCUGCAUGUUUUACUUUAUUUUAACCAAUAUCUUACACAUUUGGUCCAUGAUAACAAGAUGGAACGAUUCAAGAAAUCAUUGGAGUACAGGGUUUUUGAUUUUAUUUAUUAUCCAAAGAUUUGCUGCCGCCAUUUACUAUUACACUUACAAAAGAGCUUCCCUCCGAAUCGCCGACCACCGAUUCUAUGAAGAUUUAGACUCCAAGCCAGACAAACAAACUAGACGAUCUAUAGAAAACUAAUGUAAAAAAAUGAAAAUCCCAUUAUACUGAAAUAAAUAUGUAAUUUUUACACAUUACAAACCUUAACAUUUUAACAAAAACUAUACACAUACAAAGUUUUCCGUAUUUAACAAUCGAAAUAAAUAUAAUUAGAUAUUU